AUGGGGACUAAUUAUUAUGUUCAACCAAUUUUCCCAGACGAGGCAUGGGGAUUUGAAUUAGCCAGUAUUAGCAAUGAUAUUGACAAGCCUUGCCCGCUAGGCAUAGUUCAAGAAGACUAUUAUCCGGGCACCCCAUUGUUAUUUUCACAUGCGAAUUCUGAGAAAGGCGCUAUUCGCUUGUCCACUGACUUGAACAUUGACUACAACUUGUCGUACACGGUACUUGGCGGAGUGAAAGGAAACCCUGGUCGGAAGACGAUAAGAAAUUGGUUUAAGAUUAAGGUGUUUGGUUAUAAUUACAAGAUUAGAUAUUGUCCAUCGGUGUGCUGGAAUUGCAAGGUAGUGUGCAAGGAUGUUGGUGUAAUUGAAUAUAAUGGGCAGAAUCAUUUGGGUCUUAGUGAUUUUCCUGUUGAGGUGAAAUUUGUGAAGGACGCAUGA